AUGGACGCCGUCGCGAAACCUUCUCACAGCGCCAGGCGGCACAAACCCUCCGCCUCCCUGGGCUCCUUAUACGAAGUCCUCGCCGACCUCGACGACAACCAACUCCAGUACCUCAUCCAGGAGAUGAACCACACUGGUCACCAAAACGUUCCCGUGUCCCAGGCCGUCUCGACGUUCGAGGCUUUGAAAUCAACCUCCUCCGCUGAGCCCUUUGCCGUCUCCGAGACGGGCUUCGACGCGCCCGCGCCCGACUCGCCGGCUCGGGAACCGCUGCGUCAUCUAUCAAAGUCGCGUCGGGGAAGGCUCUCACUUCAGACAGCCUUUCAGAGGGCUCCGUCCUUGAGACAGAGGCAUCGCCAGCAGCAGCAGCCAACUCAGAGUCACCGGCCCGCCAAGGGGUACGGUGAAUUGCUCUCAAGUCCCGUCAGCAGCUGCUCCUCGCCCGCCGGCGGCCCUGUUAUCAUGAGCGGGCUGCCCGAACCGGCAACGGUUACGCGGUCCCCGCGGUACGACGAGACCGCUGUACCUCAAUCCGCCAGCCAACCACUUCCAUCACCACCACCAUCAACAUCACAUCUUCAUCAUCAACUGCCACCGCCACCGCCAUCGCAGCCGCAACUUCAACCCCGCCGGCCGUCCACCAACGGAGCCCGAAUGGGACCACCCGCUUACCACCGAAUCUCUCGGCCAGAUUUUAACCUUCCCGAUGGUGUCACGGUCACUGACCUUCUCCACCUCCUCGAGAUUGAGUACAUGUCCUCCAAUAGGCAGCCAUCCUCUUCCUCGCGCAGGUCUUCCUCCUCCUCUACUUCAUCUUCCGUCUCCCGGCCUUCCUUUUCUUCGCCCUCACCAUCGUCACCCGCAUUGGCCACUCGCCUCUUUCCCCCACCAUCGAGAUCAUUCUCUCAGACACCGAACCUGCAUGGACGCUCACCUUUGCGGAGGUCCUCUUCGAGGCUAGACCUUGCCCUCGGUGCAGAGCGAUCGGCUUCCGGAGCCGCCGAAGUCGGAAUGGGAAUGCUGGAACCACGACAGAUGAGGUCAGUGUCGCUCGGUUUCCCGGGCGGCGGUAUGGCCACAUCCAUGUCAAUGGACUCGUUGAGCCGGAGUCUCAAGGGCGAGUCACGGCCUCCCGCGCCAGCGCCAGUCUUUGAAGGAAUCUUUGACGUUUUGGAAAACCAGUAG